AUGGCUUCCGCUCUCCUCCGUUCAACUCCCGCCCUCCGCGCCGGUCUGCGCGCCCGCUCAACCCCCCUCGCCGCCAUGGCCACAACCAGCUUCGUCCGCAACAAGGCCACCCUCCCCGAUCUUCCCUACGACUAUGGCGCUCUUGAGCCUUACAUCUCCGGCCAGAUCAUGGAGCUUCACCACUCCAAACACCACCAGACCUACGUCACCGGCUUCAACAACGCUACCGACGCCCUCGCUGAGGCCCAGCACAAGAACGACGCCAAGGCCGCUGCUGCUCAAGCUCCUCUGAUCAACUUCCACGGCGGUGGUCAUGUUAAUCACUCUCUCUUCUGGGAGAACCUUGCUCCCAAUGGCAAGGGCGGUGGUGGCGAGCCCGAGGGCAAGCUUUUGACUGCUAUCAACGAGGACUUUGGCUCCUUCGACUCUUUCAAGAAGCAGACCAAUGCUACCCUCGCUGGCAUCCAAGGCUCCGGCUGGGCCUGGCUCGUCAAGGACAAGAACUCUGGCACUCUGUCCAUUGUCACCCGACCCAACCAGGACCCCGUCACUGGCACCCUUGAGCCUCUUCUCGGCAUUGACGCCUGGGAGCACGCUUACUACCUCCAGUACCAGAACCGCAAGGCUGAGUACUUCAGCGCCAUCUGGGAGGUCAUCAACUGGGGCACUGUUUCCAAGCGAUUCGAGAAAUAA